AUGUCGACCUACAAGCUCAAUUACACUGUACUUCAAUCCCUCCUUCUUCGUUUCACUCUGAUUUCUUCUGCUUUCCUUGAAUCCAUUGGAAAUGGAGAUGCGAACAGUACAUGCUCAAACCCAGUAAAUGGUUUCAGCGAGCUGUCUUCACUUGCUCAAUCAGAGAAGGCUGUUCAGGAGCUUCUUAUUCAGCAGACUCCUAUGCAGGCAACAGAUGACCAUUUGAUUGAGUUUUCAGAGGCUUUGAGAACUGUUGCAAAGGCUCUAAGGGGAUCUGCGGAAGGAAAGGCAUUGGCCCAAGCUGAGGCUGCUGAAUGGAAGCGAAGAUAUGAGCUGGAGAGGUCCAAGAACCUAGUCUUGCUCCAUAAAGAGCCGUCGAAUGGAGUGUGUGCUGAUGAAUUCAACAGCCAAGGGAUGGAUCACUCAGCCAAGUCUCCGCGGCUACAUGUUCAGGAGAAUGGGAAAUCGGGAAGGUAUUCCAUGGAGCGUAUCUGCGCUCAUGAAGUGCUCCAAGAUGGUGAAUCUAACAGUCCUAACAACAAAUUGAAGAGAAAGGUAAAUCUACACUUCAUUGUUGCUAGAUAUUUCAUCUAA